GUGACAGCUGAUUGUGACAAGUGACAUAACGGUUUUUUUGUGUCAUUUUUUUCGUUUGUCAUAUCAGUUCGCUUUAAGAUUAAACGCUAAUUUUGCGCCGAAUUUGCAUUCCUAAAUGUUGUCUAUGUCCUCAUGACCGGGAAUUAUUUGCAAGAAGUGAUAAAGUGAUUCAUAUGAGACGCCUCUUCCGUGUAUGAUUCGAGAGAAAUGGAGAAUCCCGCGCCUACGACUGCAAACGGAGAGGAGCCCCCUCGCACCGACAAACUGAAACCAUAUAAAAAGAUUUUCAAAGUCAUUGUCAUCGGUGACUCAAACGUGGGGAAAACCUCUCUAACGUACAGAUUUUGCGAAGGCGGCUUUUUGGAACAUUCCGAGGCGACAAUCGGGGUUGAUUUUAGAAGUAGGAACUUGGAGAUUGAUGGAGAAGAGAUAACCUUGCAACUGUGGGAUACAGCUGGUCAAGAAAGGUUUCGUACAUCAAUGGUUAAACAUUAUUACAGAAAUACACAUGCGAUAGUUUUAGUUUAUGAUGUUACAAAUGCGGCAAGUUUUGACUCUUUGAAGAAGUGGGUUGAUGAGUGUAACAAAAAUUGUCUGCAUGAUGUUCCGAGGAUUUUGGUGGGGAACAAGUGUGAUGGGGUUGCAGCGGUGACCACGAACGUGGCGCAGAGGUUUGCGGAUCAGUACAACAUGCCUCUGUUUGAAACUUCUGCAAGAUUGGAUUCUCAGUGUGAUAAUAUUGAAGCUAUAUUUUUGACUUUGGCUCAUAAAUUGAAAAAUCAGAAGCCAUUUUUACCUGUCCUUGACAAUAUUAAAGUUAAUUCUGCGUCUGAACCAAACCAACGGUCCUGGAGGUGCUGUUAAUGUUAAUUUAUUUUGUAUGUGAAUUUGUGGGUACCCAAUAUAUGUCAAUUUUGAAUAAAAGUGGCGUGAUAAUUAA